AUGUUUUACGUACACAGGAGCACCAAUGGACGUUACGAUUCGCAGAACGACGGCGCAUUCGUCACGGAAAGGGAGGAUCUGUCUACAAUUGACCAACCAACACCACACGACCUGAUAUACAGCGCCGUCAGCGUCGGCAUAUCCACGCUUAGGCCCAAUCGCUCACUAUGCGAAUUAUCCGCCGUCAAAACAAAGGUUCGUUAA